CUUCCCCAUUUAUUUCUCCCAUUCUUUCUCCUUUUUCUCCUUUUUUUUUAUAAAAAAAUCAUCACCAUCAUUUUCUCAUACACAAACACAUGCAUGCCCUUAUUAUCUGAUGGUAGAUGCUUCAUACAUUUCUAUACAUCUUAUUUAAUGGCGGUUCAAGCUCAUCAUCCUCCAAGUUCUUUCUUCCUCAAUAGUAACGGACAAGAAGCGGUUGAUUCGAGAAAGCGGUCGAGAGAAGUUUAUUCGUCGUCGGUGGUUGUGGCGGCUCCGAUGUACCCUCCACCGUCAAAACCGCCGCAAGUUAUUGAUUUGAGCGAGUUAUUCCAGACACCGCCUAAUGUGGUUUCGACCGGUCUUCGAUUAUCUCAUGAGCAGUCACAGAAUCAUCAUCAAGAACAGUUUUUACCUUCUUUUUCUAUGCUUCCGGGAGGAGAACUCGCCGGAGAAAUGAAACGACAAAAAAAUGAAUUAGACAGAUUCAUUCAGACACAGGGUGAGGAGCUGAGGCGUGCGUUAGCGGAGAACAGAGAGAGGCGCUACGCGGAGCUAUUGUGCGCGACGGAGGAGUUGGUGGGACGGAAGGUGAGAGAAAAAGAAGCGGAGUUGGAGAAAGCCACGCGCCGUCACGCUGAGCUAGAGGCGCGUGCAGCUCAUCUCGCGGAAGAGGCGCGAAACUGGCAGUUAAGAGCGGCGACGCGGGAAGCCGAAGUGGCCUCGUUACAGGCCCAUCUCCAGCAAGCCAUAGCGAACCGCCGAGAUACGACCGCGAUACAAAGUACGAUCGGAGGCGGCGACGGCGACGCGGAGGAAACCGCCGAGGACGCGGAAUCAGUGUACGUGGAUCCGGAGCGGACCGUUAUGAACGGACCAAGUUGUAGGAUUUGCCGGCGGGAAUAUGCGACGGUGAUGGCAUUGCCGUGUCGGCAUUUGGCUCUUUGUAAUGGUUGCGACGGCGACGAAGUGCGAGUGUGUCCGAUUUGCCUCGCCGUGAAAAUAGCCGGUGUCAAGGUUUUGUUUACUUGAGUGGAAAUUUAUUGAUAGGCCCGUUAAUAGGCCCAUGGGUCCAUCUAGAUCUAGCAAGAAACAAAGACAACAGUACAGACAAAGGACUUUUUCUAAAGGGAAAGAGAAAUAAAAUUGAAAAUGAGAUUUGAAAAAAUAUUAUUAGUUGUUGAUGUACAUAGGACAUGGCCACAUGUAGUGGCAUUUUCUUCGUUUUGACAUUUUCG